UUUCCGCCCCGCUACAGGGCGGGUGCGGCCAUCUUGGGAGCGUGCAAUCAAGGGUUGUGGCGGGAUUGGCUCCGCUUCAGGGCUCGUCCUUUGCUCCCCACCUAACAGGGUCGGAUUCCGAGCCCUUCCCCGCUGGGCGGGGGCGUCCUAACGGCCGACUCCUUUCCAGCAGAAGAAACACUUAAAUUCUGGAAAUAGCGACUGUCAUGGCCAGCAGUCUUAAUGAAGAUCCAGAAGGAAGCAGAAUUACAUAUGUGAAAGGAGACCUUUUUGCAUGUCCCAAAACAGACUCUCUAGCCCACUGUAUCAGUGAGGAUUGUCGCAUGGGUGCGGGGAUAGCUGUCCUCUUCAAGAAGAAAUUUGGAGGGGUGCAAGAACUGUUAAAUCAACAAAAGAAAUCUGGAGAAGUGGCUGUCCUCAAGAGAGAUGGGCGAUAUAUAUAUUAUUUGAUUACAAAGAAAAGGGCUUCACACAAGCCAACUUAUGAAAAUUUACAGAAGAGCUUAGAGGCCAUGAAGUCCCAUUGUUUGAAGAAUGGAGUCACGGAUCUCUCCAUGCCCAGGAUUGGAUGUGGUCUUGAUCGUCUGCAAUGGGAAAAUGUAUCUGCAAUGAUUGAGGAGGUAUUUGAGGCAACAGACAUCAAAAUUACUGUGUAUACGCUCUGAGAGACAAACACUUUCUAUGUGUUCAUGUUCUCCUGUGUCAUUCCUACUUGGCCAUAGGACUGAGCAAACUGACCUUAAAUUGGGCAGCAGAAAAUUUUCACUUUAUAUUCUGUGUCAUAGGCCAAUCUUGGGUUGUUGUAUUCCAGUAUUUGGAUUGGGACUCUGGAGGAGGGAUAGCUUGGGAUAUGUUUCUCUGCUUUUUGCUGGAGGUCAGAAGUCUGCAGCCUGAUACUGGGCCCAGAACCCAGAAAGUUGGGCCUGUGACCUCUGUUUGUUCCAGUAUGCUACCUGAUUUGUUGGCUGGCCACUAGGUGGCAACAUUGAUUGUUUCUUUGCCGUUUAAGAGAAAUUUCGGGAAGAUUGAACAUUUAAAUUACUUGUACAUCUUUUGUCAUUUGUGCACUUAACUUGGCAUUAUUCUUGGUGAAAUUCAUCCUAGGAGAGAAUCAUGUUUUGUUUGUUAAUACAAAAUUGAAUUCUACAUUGUUAACAAGGAAUUUGUGACCAAAACGGAAAAAUAAAUCUCUUUUCCUUGGGGUUCAA